AUGGUUAUGUACGCCUUCAUCUCCGGCUUCAUCAACGAGCUGAACCACAUCAAGAAACAAGACAAGAGUGGCUGCGGAUGGGGCGGUCUGGUGUGCCAGCACAGCGAGAUCCGUGUCCUGCUGCAACGCCUGGAGGCUCUCGAGUCCUUCCUUUGCCACGCCGAGAGAAGGCUAACGAACGCCGGUGGCAGAGACGCUAGCAUGGUGCAAUGGCUGAGUGACGUACACAAGACUGUGUACGAUGCUGAUGACAUCAUCAAUGAAUGUACAAUGGAGCAACAACUUCGCUCUGGUAACCGUUCCAUCACCAAGCUUUUGCACCGUGGUGAUAUGGCCGUUAGGAUCAAGGUCAUCAACGAGAAGCUCCGCAAAGCUUUGCAUGAUGCUACUACCUGCCAUAAGCUUGGAAUGCAACAACAAUGCAUGGAUGUUGCUGCUAAACAACAUAGUGGGACGUGGCGUUCAACUUUUAACCAUCUGGAGGUUGUGGGACAGAGAAUGAAGAAAGAUACUGAUGAGAUGGUUAAGCUCUUGUGCACACCCAAGCAAGGAAGUGAUCAGUACCAGGUUUUUGCUAUCACUGGUAUUGGUGGGAUUGGAAAGACGACGUUGGCUCGGAGAAUAUUUGAUGAGGAGCGUGUGCAUGCUGAGUUUCAUGUGAAGGUGUGGUUGUCUGUGUGUGGAGACGUCUCUGAUGUCCAGCUGUUGAAAGAAAUCAUAAACGGAGCCGGUGGGAGCUUUCUUGGCGAUGGAGCUCGGUCUGAUAUGGAGAAAAUGCUUGUGGCUGUCAUAAGAGGGAAAAGAUUGUUUCUUGUUCUUGAUGGUCUUUGGACUGUGGAUUUAUGGUGUAAUCUUUUGCAGGAUCCAUUGAAAAGCUGUGGAGAUGGAAGCCGAGUCCUUAUUACCACCAGAGUCGACCAAGUAGCGAGGAGUGUGGGCGCUGUGCACCUCCACCAGGUGGCUUUGCUUAGCAAAGCAGAAAGCUGGGUUCUGGUGAGCAAGAUGCUGGCUUUCCAGGAGGUGGAAGAGAACCAUGAUUCCAUGGAAAUUGCCAUGAAGGCCACGGCGAAAUGCCGUGGCCAUCCUUUAGCUCUCAAACUCAUAGGCGGAGUUCUUGGAGCUCAUGCACCAUCAGACUGGGGGGAAGUCACAGAAAGCUUAGAUGAUUUCUCGGUGCACUCGGAGGAGUUGGAUUUCAUGUGGGCUUAUGAAGCUCUGCCGUGUCAUCUCAAGCCAUGCUUCCUUUUCUGUGCUCUGUUUCCUGAGAACAGAGUCAUUACACGCAGGGACCUUACCCAGCUUUGGAUCGCCGAGGGAUUCAUCAAACAAGAAGAGAACAAGACUGUGGAGGACCUGGCAGAAGAGUAUUACUCAGAGAUGAUUUCCAGGAACCUUGUGCAACCAGAAGUAGAAGCUUAUGAAGAGGAAGUGAGAUGCACCAUGCAUCAACUUGUGCGAGAACUUGCUCUCCAGCUAGCACAAGCUGACGGCUUCUAUGCCAACCAUACAUGCUCUACCGCAUCCACCAUAAUACGGCUGCAUCUCUCAUUUGGGGGAAAGACAGAGCCUCCUGAAUCAACUACAUUGCAUGACCAGCUCAGGACACUUGCAGUCUUUGAAAGCCCAUCAAUGACUAGUGAUUUACUCAAUAAAUUCAUCGACCAGAUUCAGCUUCUACGUGUGUUGGAUCUACGGCAAACGGAGAUUGAUGAGGUACCAGAUUCUAUUUCUGCUUUAAAGCAUCUUAGAUAUCUGAAUCUUUCUGGCACCAACGUUGCAAAACUCCCCAACUCCAUAAAAGACCUUUACAACCUGCGUUAUUUAUGUCUCAAUUCAUGUAAAAAACUUGAUAGCAUCCCAACUGGAACAACCCAAUUGUACAACCUGAGAAGCCUGGAUGUUCUUCAUACCAAAUUAGCUCAGCUUCCAUCAGGGAUAAAAAACAUGAAAAAUCUCAACUCCUUGCUAGGUUUCUUUGUCAGUGAUGUUAGUGGUUCUUCCUCACUCGAUGAGUUGAAGACUUUAUCUGAGCUCAGGGAACUCCAUAUAGGAAACCUGAAUAUGGCCAAGACUAGAGGAGAUGAGAUACUCUUAAAGAAAAAAUUUCUCCAACUGCUGGAACUGUCAUGGAAUCAUGAGCCCAAGCAGAUGAACAUAAACAUCAUAAAAGAGAUCCAACCAUCUACAUGCCUCCAAAGGCUUACAAUUACUGGAUUCCCAGACAAAGAAUAUCCCAGUUGGCUCUCCUCACCUGACUUCAGGAAUCUGGCGCAUUUGGUUCUUGAACAUUGUAGAUUCUGUCAGCAACUACCAUCAUCACUAGGUGACCUACCAGCACUGGAAUACCUCCGAAUCACAAGUUCCAAGGUGGUUGUCACCAUUAAAAAGGAUUUUUUUGGUAAAAAAUGCUUCCCCAGAUUAGAAAGGCUGGUGAUGGAGAAGAUGAGCAAGUGGGAGAAAUGGGAGGAAGCACCAGAUACGUCAUUCCCCUGUCUAAAAUCACUGCACCUCAAGAACUGCAACAUGUUGAUAUCCCUUCCUAGGUUUUUACAGCAUGUAACUUCUUUAACAGAGCUGGUCAUACAAGGUGCAGAUAGAUUGAGAGAAGUGGAGAAUUUCUCUUCAGUGUUGAAUUUGAGAAUUGAGGACAGCACCAACAUAGAGAAGGUCUCCAAUUUCUCAUCUCUCAAGAGCCUGAAAAUUGUGAAGUGCCCUGCACUGGAGGUGGUUAAGAAAAUGCCUUCUUUGGAGCACUUACACUUGGUGGAUCUUGCAAUGGAGUCUCUUCCGGUUUGGUUUGGCAGGGACUUGAAUUUUUCCUUAAGAUCAUUGUAUAUCAGUGCUAAUGAUGAGCUGCUCAGUAAGUUGAAGAUGGGAGGGGAGGAAAGUUUCAAGGUCGAAAAAAUUCGUCGUUUUUCUGCAUCUACUGCCAAUAAAUCUUAUGUGAUUUCCAACAAUUGA